AUGCUCAAGAACUGCAGCGGGAACGGGCGGUGCAACGGGCAGACGGGGGAGUGCGACUGCUACGAGGGGUAUAGCGGGACGAGCUGCUCAGAGGGGACGGGCGGGGGCGGAGGAGGGGGAGGAGGAGUGUGCGGGAGGAACUCGUACGGAGCGAGCUGCACGGAGGAGUGCGACAUGCUCAAGAACUGCAGCGGGAACGGGCGGUGCAACGGGCAGACGGGGGAGUGCGACUGCUACGAGGGGUAUAGCGGGACGAGCUGCUCAGAGGGGACGGGCGGGGGAGGAGGAGGGGGAGGAGGAGUGUGCGGGAGGAACUCGUACGGAGCGAGCUGCACGGAGGAGUGCGACAUGCUCAAGAACUGCAGCGGGAACGGGCGGUGCAAACGGGGCUAG